AUGAAUCUUCAUCCACGCUCGUGCGACACGCGCCUUGAUUUUAAGACUAGGCAGUCUAAUAUUUCAUUGAGCAUGCAAAAGAUCAGCAUUAAUGGGCUUGAUUGUGAUCGAAGAAAGCAGAAAAAUUCCAUCGUUUGCUAUUCAAAUGUGACUUACAUCAACUUGCUCUUUCUUGACAUGUUUAAUUUAUCAAGAAAUGAUAUUUCACCUGUACCAGCAUAG